GCUUCUCCUCACGCGGGUCUCGCAGAGUCGGCGACGAGCGCGUUCCUGCAGAAGCUGGACCGGCUGGCGGAGGCGGCGGGCGCCGACCUGCAGCGCCUCGAGUCCAUGGCGUUCGGCGCCGUCUCCUUGGAGGAGCUCCUCGGCCACUUCGGCGAGGCGCUCAGCGUCUACGUGCGCCAGGCCAGCGCCAUCGAGGCCCGCCUCGCCUCCUUCGGCUACGAGCCCCCUGAGGUCGAGCCUGAUGUUGAUGCGGAGGUGGAAGACGGAGCCGUGGGGGAGCCUGGGAAUAGCUGCUUCGGUGAGUCGAGUUCAGUGCUGAGGGCGGCUCGAAGACGACGACGCACUUUUUCGGAUGCUUGUCUAGCUACUCUUUCUUAUGAAGCCACAGAUUUUGCUGGAAGCCCGAAGAAGCUCUACAAAAAACCUGAAAGUGCUGAUGAGGGCCAAAAAAUUGUGAAGGAUGCUGAAUUCAUACCUCCCCGAAAAGAAACAAAUGGUCAAGUUAAUGCUUUCCAAGGAAUGAUAAGGGCAUCGAAGGAGUACGAGCAACUUCCUCCUUACAUGAAGACUCUAGCAUCAUGGGAGGAAUUGCAGGAGGCAGUUUCCAAAUUAAAUUCAUACUUCGGUGCUGACAAAACUCAGGGAAGCGCUGCAUUGAACCAAGAUGAUGUCGGAGCAAUUGGGUUGGGUCGCAAAGGAAGAUCCUGCCUGCUUAUCCUGCUGCGGCUGAAUCAAUUAACUAUGGAAACAGUAGAUGGAUCUAUCUUUUACAUCCUACGUAAGAUUGACUCCUAGGUAAAUUUUCAGAAAACCUGGGUGAAACAGAAGGGGAUAAUUUUUCAGAGAACCUGGAGUAAACAGAAGUGGAAGACUCCCAAACAAGUUUUCCGCAAACCGGUACAAGCAGGGUGCAUCGAAUCUGGAUAGCUGAUAUAGCCUGAUACUACUCUGCUGUACUGUAAUGAAGUUUUUCUUUUUCGUGUGCUGUGAUGUAGCUAGUCUGGUGAAAAAAUUGUUGUUUGUUUGAUGUAUACUAACUAGGAGUUGGAAAAGCGAUGUGAUUUCUCAAGCA